UGAUUCAGUUUCCGAAAGAUAAAGUUCUCACAGCUAAAAUCUAAAUUUGCUCAUUUCUAGAAAUGAAGGCUGUUCUGAUCCGAACCGGCUCGGUUCCGGUCCAGGUCCAGUUGCUACACGUGUCCGAUUCGCCCAGGGUUUGUCUCAACCGGAGCGAGUCCCUCUCCGGCGUCUUCUCUGGCGAGAAAACCGUCGUCAAUUCCCCCAGAGUCUCUUUACAUUUCGAGAUUAGCCGGCGUCGGAAAGAAAGGGAUGUUAUUCGAAGGGCUUUUUCAGAGACCGAUAUGAUCCGACCGGAGACCAAGUCUUCCUCCUCCGGAUCCCGUUCUUUCCCGGCGAGGGUACCAAAGGAAGACGAAUACACUCCGUUGAGCAGAACUACAAGUUUCUCGGCACCUUGUCCGGAGAUCGGAAUUUCCGGAGGAGGUUUUGGUAAAGGAAGCAAGCCCGGUGGCGGAGGCGACUUUGGAUACGGCGCUUAUGGCGGCGGAUUCAACGAUCGCAGCAAGCUCGGCGAGUAUUACCAGGAGAUGUUGAAGUCGAAUCCCGGAGAUUCUCUUCUUCUGAGAAAUUAUGGCAAGUACUUGCACGAGGUGGAGAAGGAUUUGGUAGGAGCAGAAGAGUAUUAUGGGAGAGCCAUACUAGCGAAUCCAGGAGAUGGAGAAUUGCUUUCGCUGUACGGAAAGCUAAUAUGGGAGACUCAGAGAGAUGAGGAUCGAGCCAAGUCUUACUUCGAUCAAGCCGUUACUGCCUCCCCUCAUGACUGCACUGUAUUGGGGUCGUUUGCUCACUUCAUGUGGGAAGCAGAGGAAAACGACGAUGAAGAUAUCGAUAACAAGACUCGGAAUAUGUCGUCCACUCCCCUGGUUUCGGCGUUUUGACUUGAAAAAAGGAGUUGCUAAUUACCCGUACUACGUGGUAUGUUGUACGGAAGAUGGAGGCCUGGAGUGUGAUAAAGACCACAUGCCUGUUAAGAAUUUACGGAAACUAGUCUCAUUUUUCCAUCAAGAUGAGACAACAAGAGAGUUUGUUUUGAUGUUGUUUUAUGGCUAUUUUCUGUGUAAAGUUAUAAAUAUAUAUAAUAAUAAUGUUUUGUAGAUAUAAAUGAACUUACCUCUAAUGACUUGUCUAUGUAAUUGUUUUGAUCUCAAUGUGAACUAAUUAAAGCAUAUAUGUAUGUUUUUCGCUUCACCUUA